GAAUGUCAACAGGAGUGAACUGUGGAAUCAAACAUCUACUGUGCUCACAUGUCAGGAUUAACCAGAGCAAUGUCCAAGUUCCGUCUGGCGGUGGUGCAGCUGCAGGUCAGCGGAGUGAAGGCGGACAACCUGGGCAGAGCCCGGAGGCUGGUGAAGGAGGCGGCGGAGCGGGACAGUCAGGUGGUGCUGCUGCCGGAAUGCUUCAAUUCUCCGUAUGGAACCAGCUUCUUCUCUUCGUACGCUGAGAGGAUCCCAGGAGAGUCCACCCAGGUUCUGUCAGAGGCAGCCAAGGAGAACAAGGUGUAUCUGGUGGGAGGUUCCAUCCCUGAGGAGGAUGGAGGGAAGUUGUAUAACAGCUGCACAGUGUUCGGGCCUGAUGGAGAGAUGAUUCUCAAACACAGAAAGAUUCACCUGUUCGACAUCGACGUUCCGGGAAAGAUUCGCUUCCAGGAGUCGGAGACGCUGAGUCCGGGCAACAGUUUGUCAAUGUUUGAAACGCCGUUCUGUAAAGUCGGCGUGGGGAUUUGCUACGACAUCAGGUUUGCAGAGCUGGCGCAGCUCUACAGCAGGAAAGGCUGCCAGCUGCUAGUCUACCCCGGAGCCUUCAACAUGACGACUGGUCCAGCGCACUGGGAGCUCCUGCAGAGGGGGAGGGCCGUAGAUAACCAACUGUACGUGGCCACAGCGUCUCCUGCCAGAGAUGAGAGCGCUUCGUACGUGGCCUGGGGUCACAGCACUGUUGUAAACCCAUGGGGAGAAGUUAUAUCUAAGGCCGGAGCAGAGGAAGGUGUGAUUUAUGCUGAUAUAGACCUGCAGUAUUUGGCCGACAUCCGGCAGCAGAUCCCGAUCACGGCCCAGCGUCGCAGUGACAUCUACACAGUGUCGUCUGUGCAGGAGGGAUCCAGCUGAACGCAGCGACCACAGCAAAUCAGGUCUGAAGACGCCGAAUGCAAACCGGGCAUCAGACUUCUGCUGCUUCCCGUCGUCUUCCUCCAGUGACUCAGGAAAUGCAGCUGGGACGACAACCGAUUGAUUGAUUGCCAAUGAUUUCAGCGCAGUAAUCCUGCCGACCUCUUAAAGAUGGACCAGUGAUGACAUUUUUUGUAAUGUCAGCUGAAAUAAGUCGGUCAAUAGCAAGUUAAUGAAAGUUUUGGUGAGCAGUUCUAUAUAUUCCCUGGUUACAAAUGAUCUAAUGUUAAAAUCUUGUUUCAUGUGCCUCAGAUUAUUUGUAAUGGUACCAUUGACAUUUUUGAUAUCAGGGAAGAAAUUUUGUCAGUAAAAUUCUUCAUAGAUUGCAGCUAUUUUAAUAUCAAUGUAUCUCACUGGAAUUAUACUAAUCCUAUUAUUUAGUCGUUUUUCUUUCAUCAGUUUCAACUCAUGAACUAUUUUUGGUGAUCUUAAGAGAUCUGAAAUGUCAUUUUCUGUCAUGAGGAAAAAACAUGAAGUAAAAGCACCAAGUUUGA